AUGUCUUUUUUGUUGAAAUCGAUGGUGAGCGGACAGGUGAAGAACCUAGGACUGGGAGGAGGAGAUGAAGAGAAGAAGGAUGAAGGAAAUGCUUCUGACCCAGCAGCGGCAGCUGGGAUGACCAGAGAGGAGUACGAGGAAUAUCAAAAGCAGAUUGUGGAGGAGAAAAUGGAACGGGAUGGGAUGUUUGCACAGAAGAAAGCAGAGAGAGCAACUCUUAGAGUGCAUUUAAGGGAAAAGUACAGACUUCCAAAGAGCGAACAGGACGAGAACCAGAUCCAGAUGGCGGGGGAUGACGUUGACCUGCCAGAGGAGCUGAGGAAGAUGGUGAAUGAAGAUCAGGAAGAAGAAGAAGACAAGGAAUCCUUCAUUGGACAGAUCCAAAACCUUCCCAACAUGGAUGUGGACCAAAUCAAGGAAAAAGCACAUGCAACACUCAGUGAAAUAAAACAAGCGGCUGAGCAGAAAUGCUCCUUAAUGUGA